CUGUUUCCCCGCAACGAUGGCCGGCCGCUGUCGCGGAACGGAUCUCGACGGCCCGAGUUCUUGCCGCGUGGCAAUCGAUGAACUUUUGGUAAAUAUCGCUCCUAGCCCCCACAAGUCCCGGCGGAUCGUAUCAGACCGUCCCCCAUGGUGUGGCAGCCACACUAGCAGCACUUCUAACAGCAGUGUGCCUCACUCCACCACUCUCAGCUCCUCGCUCCUUCUCCAGGCGUGUAUAAGUGGUUGUAGAGAAGUUGUUGCUUCGUCACGUCUCUGCCAGUGCGUGAGUGUGUGCUCCGCUCCGCUCAAGCCCCACAGAAACCGGACUGCCAAGCCGGCGCACUUGCGCUAGACGCGCCCUCAGUUCUCGCAAUCGAGCGCAAUCCAUCCCCCAUUUCAGCCCCUAGCCCGGACUGCUACUCACGCCGUCGCUGCCACUGACAGUCACUGUCACGUCACUGGAACACCCCAGUGGUCCGUCCCAUUGUUAGGGAUAUUGGUCCUGGUCACCGUCCACUCCACCGAGCCACCGCCAGAGUCCUGCUCCUGUGCAAAGCGCGCCGCUGCCGCCCCUUGCCGGGGGCACCCGAGCGGUAGAGAGACACUUCGAACCGGCAGGAAGCGAGAAAGAGCGAGAGCGGACGAAAGACAGAGAGGAGCCUUUUGAGGAAGGCUGGAGUGAGUGCGCGACUGGGGCAGUCGGACAGCGAGCAGCCGUGGGGGAUUGCUGGCAGUGGUCGGAGUCGAGCAUGAGCAGCGCAGCAGGCGAGACGCCUCUGAUGCGGUGCGUGUGAGAUAGCACAACACCAAGGCACGUCCCAACGGGUACUCUGGCAGCCACCGCCACAGGCACCGCCUCAGUCACGACGUCAAGCCACCACCACAGGCCUCGAAGCCAUUCGCAGAGAGGCAAAGCGAGCUACCACUGGUCGCAGCUACCACUCAGCUAGCAACCGCCGUUGUUUCGACGAGCUGUGCACUUGUCCCUCCCGAGGGAGGCAGACACGCCCGAGCGGGGCUACUUAUUAGCAGCACUGCGAGCCACCACUGGUGGCAUUUAGUAGUGCUGCUGCCGGCGCUGGGAGUGGACUCCCACUAUUGGCCUUUCACGGAUUGCUACCACUCGCCCAGUACCCAGGCAGGCAGGCGCGGCGUGCGUGACGGCAAGAUGCCGCGCGCGGGCGUCACGAGCGGCGGAGUCAAACGGAGAGCAGCGCCGCCGCUGGCCCGUCUUCACCGCACGCUGCUUCCCACCCGCCGCUUCCUGGACCUCCCGCUCCUACACCUCCCCCUGCUUUCCCUCCUCCUCCUCCUGCUCGCCCCCCAGGGCUCGCGUGCUCAAGUGAUCACAUGCGGUGCCUAUCAGCCGUGCCCUGACAACCUGUGCUGCAGGUAACG